CGCGAAACGCCAGCCCCGUGAAGGAAGAAGCUCUCCCUCCACGGGCGUAGGAGAGCCACUGCGCUUGCGCACAAGGGCUGUCAGCGUGUCGAGCAGGUGCUCCUGGGAGCCAGUCAGUGACAUCAUUAUGUGAGAGGUGUUACAGCCAUAACCUCAACAGCAGCAGCAGCAGCAGCAGCAGUAGGAGGUGGGUGGCUCAUUGGCACUAGAUCUUCGCCCAGGACUUCGUCUAUGUUCAACAAUAUGUGCUCGCAAGAUGCACAGUGACAUCAAGUGGACACAGCGGAGAAGUACACUUACACCUCACAGUGGACCAGCAACAUCAAAGUUGUUCCCUUAGAGCCUGAGUGGCAUUCCCAGGUUACAAAAGUUACAUGUUAGUGUAACCUAUGUUGCUUUCACCGACACACACGCGCGUGUGUAUGUAAUGGAUUGAUUUAAUGGACCCUUUGUGUAUCGAGGGAUCAGUCGAACCAAAUUCUGUUGUGUAAUUUUUGUAGCUCUCACAUGCUGGUCUGCAAAAAUCUCAUUUGUAGCUGCAAUUUUUAUCAUUAAUCUCAAAAAUCCAUGAUGACCAUGUAACCAUCACACAUUACCUCAUAGCAUUUAUCAUUCCUGGUAUCUUGUUAAGUUCAAGGUUCAACUUUAGCCUCGUGUCGUGAAAUGGGUCUCUGACACAUUGUAUUUAAGCUUAUGUGGAAAGUCCAUAAACUCCAUGAACCGUGUGAGGUCCUUUUUACUUACUACUACUUUCGUGUUUGUGUCACAGACAGAGAAAGCCAUAAGCUAAAUACAGGCAUGCACUGCACAGACACAGUAGCAAGGAGUCAACAUUCAACACCCCCUCCCUCUGAGCGUGGCUGUUUAUUACCUUGCAAAUACUGUUCUAUCAGCACAUCGAAAAUUAAAGGUCUUAUAUAAAAACUACUAGGGUAGACCGGGACAAUGAGUCCCAUGACUUGAACUUUACACUUCUUGGAUCAUGCGGGGAAGGCAUGUUUUGAGUAGUUUCAAUAGUGUAUCCAGUAAAGUAUGUUUAUUCAUGUCCAGUACAAGCUGUGCACCAAUUUUGGAUUGUUCGUAAAAUGUGUUAGUUUUAGUAACUUUAUAUAUCUCCCCAAAGUUACAUUAAGUAAGUGAAUCUCAUAAAUUGUUUGGCACUUGUAAAACUAAACAAUCAAAAUUUGUUUACAACUAGUCUUGCUCAUCAGUUCAAAAAUAAUAAGACUUGAGCAGCUACUUGUAAAAGUAUAUAGCAUUUGUUAUUGUAGUAUAGAGAAAUAGGAAUUAGGCCAGGUGAUUAAUACUGCAUUGUAUAAACACUGCUUCUUUUAAAACUUUUGGAAAAAUUGCACACUUGAACACAAUGUAACAAGAGCCAAGUCUGUAGAGCCUAAACACUGUUUCCCAAACAACCCCACAUCAUCACAAAUCAGCCAUUGUUACGUUAACACACAAAGUGAAUACUAUCUUUGAACUUUGGUCUUUUAAACCCAUAGUUAGAGAAGCGAUCAAAUCAUUCCCUGACUGGGAGAAAGGACACGUAUGAUUGGUUGGAAGAGUUGCACACCCCUGUCCCUUCCCCUAUCUCAGUUCUAGAGUCCACUUUUUAACUUUGGGGCAAUGCUCACCAACUUCACUUAAGGCAUUAGGUCCCAGUCCCAGUCCCACACCUGACAGCAAAAUGUCUGACAGAGGAGCCUUCGAUACCAACGUGCUGACCCUCACCAGGUUUGUACUGGAGGAGGGCAGGAAGGCACAUGGAACAGGUGAGCUGACGAACCUGCUCAACUCCAUCUGCACAGCUGUCAAAGCCAUUUCCACAGCUGUCAGGAAGGCUGGGAUCGCGAACCUAUAUGGCAUUGCUGGAAGCACCAAUGUGACAGGGGACCAGGUGAAGAAGCUGGAUGUCCUGUCCAAUGACAUGGUCAUCAACAUGAUCAAGUCCUCCUUCAGCUCCUGUGUGCUUGUGUCAGAGGAAGAUGAGAAGGCCAUCAUUGUUGAACCAGACAAGAGAGGAAAAUACAUCGUGUGCUUUGAUCCACUGGAUGGUUCCUCAAACAUUGACUGUCUUGUCUCAAUCGGAACAAUUUUUGCUAUCUACAAAAAGACCACAGAUGAUGAGCCAUCUGAGAAGGACGCUUUGCAGCCUGGAAGAAACAUUGUCGCUGCUGGUUAUGCUCUGUAUGGCAGUGCCACCAUGAUAGUCAUCUCCACUGGUCAGGGAGUCAACUGCUUCAUGCUUGACCCAGCAAUCGGUGAGUUCAUCUUGGUGGAUCGAGAUGUGAAGAUUAAGAAAAAGGGAAAAAUCUACAGUUUGAAUGAGGGAUAUGCACAGCACUUUUAUCCGGAUGUGACAGAGUACCUACAAAAGAAGAAAUACCCAGAGGAUGGUUCUGCUCCAUAUGGCAGUCGAUAUGUUGGUUCAAUGGUAGCUGAUGUUCAUCGUACUUUGGUGUAUGGAGGAAUCUUUUUAUAUCCUGCUAACGUCAAGAGUCCUAAGGGCAAGCUGAGGCUGCUGUAUGAAUGCAAUCCCAUGGCCUUUAUCAUGGAGCAGGCAGGAGGCAUGGCCACCACAGGAUCCAUGAAUGUUCUGGACAUCCAGCCCACCACGAUCCACCAGCGAGUGCCUGUGGUCCUUGGGUCCCCUGAUGAUGUGCAAGAAUAUCUUUCCAUUUACAAGAAGCAUAACAAAUGAGUCUCUUUGAAUACAGCAGGUCAAGUCUGGUGGUGAGCGGCCUAAAGCAGAACUAAACAUAAUCAAGAGACUCAAUCGGGGCAUUGCUUCCUACUCAUUCCUUCAGCUGCACUGAUGAAGGAACCAGGAGCUUCACUGGACCUACGAACUCUGCCUCACGCUGUCCUACUUCCAGCUCAUUGCUCUGUGUGUUCUUUGAAGAGACUUACCCUGUGUUUUUUAAAUAAAGACAAAUGAAAAGAUGCUCAUGUUCUUCACAAAGUCCAGUAUGCAUGUAUGGGUUGAGGACGACAAAUUGUGUCUCUGUUUAAGGAUACUUUUUUCUUAAGGAUCAAAAAAUGUAACACUCCAAACUGGACAGAAAAGGAACCAGCGUGCUAACAUUGACUAAAUAGCGAGUGCAAGUGACUGUCAUUGUGCAAGAUCCUUUGGUACCCUUCAGUAAAUAGUUUUUGGUAAUGUACACCGGCCACAAAGACUUCUUGUGUGCAGGAACAUUGUUGUUACAGAAUCCAAUCAGCCUUCUUCUUUAUGGGCUCAGAGUUUCCCAGAAUCUGAGCAAUUUGUUUGUCCUAUUCCUAUGCAUGGAGACUGCUUUCCUUACAUAUUCUUGCUAAGAAAGCUGAGACCAGGUCAUUUUACUAUAUUUUGUUUGGACGGAAUGGGAAUUUGGGAUGCAAGCCCAGAAGCAAAAGUACACGAUUGUUUCUAUGAGCCUUGAGUAACCAUAAAUCAAUAGCAUAAAGAUCAAUUCUAAUGUUAAGACAAACUAAUGUAAAUAUUUAAAAAAGUAACAGCUUUCUCUUUAAGAUGUAAUCUGAAGUUAUUUUUCAGAGGUUUUCUGGGUGUUUUUUGGCGCCUUUUUGAUGUGGUUGACGACUUACCCCAUAAUUUAAACACUUGAACCUUUGAUGGAAUAGUUUGACAUUUUGGGAAGUACUCUUAUCGGCUUUCUCGCCCAGAGUUAGACGACCAGUCUGAUACCACUCUCAGGUCUGUACUGUAAAUACAAAGCUAGAGCCAACACCUGGUUAGCUUAGCUUAGCAUGUAGACUGUAAACCGGUAGAAACAGCUUGCCUAGCUCUGCCUGAAAACGACAAAAUCCACCUCUGAAGCUUACUAAUUGCCAUUUUGUAUCUCGUUAAUUUAAUUCGUACAAAAACCCGACUCCAGUCCAAACUAAAUAACCACCAAUCCCCUGUAAACCGCUAACUGUUGUUUUUACUCUUUGGUUUUUGUAUGGAUUAAACUAGCAAGAUAUAACAUGUUAAUUAGUGAGCAUUAGUGGUGCUAUUAGGCAGAUUUUGGACAGACCCAGGCUAGCUGUUUGCCCCAGUUUCCAGUCUGGGUUCUGGCUCCAGCUCCACAUUUAAUGGACAUAUAUGAGAGUGGUACCGAGCUUUUCAUCUAUCUUUGUGCAAGAAAGCGAGUAAGCACAUUCUUGUAAAUGUUCAACUGUUCAUUUACCUUUUUGUCCAUGUCCAUUAACAACCCUCAUUUCUUUCAGACUCUGUGUUUCCCCGUCAGCCUCUGAUGAUUUCUGGCAUCAGCAGCACACCCUGACAGGCCUUAGUAGUGCCAGAAAUGUUUCAGCUUUGCCACAGCACUAAUGAGCCAUAAAGACUCACUGAGAGAAACAAAAAGAUCCAGCAGUAUUCCAACACAAAAGCCUCAUUCAAUCAAGUUUAUUUAGGAAAGCAAUAAUUAUGGUCCGUAGAACAACAAUGCCUUCAAAGUCAGCAUUGUCUGUAUCUUUCCCAAUAUUGUGCUGUAGCUUGCCGCAAAGGGAAAAAAAUAGAUUGAAAGCCUAAUAUGAAAUUUAAUGAGAUUUUAGUAACGUUACAACACAAUAAUAACACAGUUGUGUGGCUCGCUGGCUGCUGAUGUCACGUGGAAACCUGGCAUUGAAUUGCAUAAGCUCUUCUGAGUACACAACGGAAUUUUUAUUGGCUUUUUUGCUUACGUCCUGGCAAUUUAAAGCCUCUUAAUGUGAGAAUAUUGUAUGUGAGUCAUAUGAAAGUUGAAUUAUGUGAACUGAAAGCAGAUGUUUGAUCAGAGAUGGAAGGCUUAGCAAUUUCAAAAGCACUCCUUUGUGCGUACAUGGAGAAUGCAAAAUAAUUUAUGUUGCUCCAGUGUGCUGGAUGGAAUCCAUAUUGUCUGGUAUUCACUAAAAACGGAACCACUUCCCCUUUUUUGUGAGUGUGUUUGUCAGUGUCAGCAUUCACGGGUCUCAGUGCCCUUGAGACACACACUUACACACUACAGCCACACAUGUUUAUUUCGAUUUUGUUCGGACUGUGUAUGAUUAUAGGUUAGUGAGUCAAUAUUUAGAUUUUGCAGGCAAAGCAAAACGCAGCCUGUUUAUAUUUCCCUUGCUACUGUGUGUGGUGAGUGUGUUUGUACUGUAUGUACGUGUGUGCGCUCAUGUAUAAAGGACAAGAUGAGAUAACAUAAGUUGAUUUAAAUGAUAGGCAUACUAUUGAAAUAAGUUUUCAAAAUAAGGGAAAAGGCUUAAGGAUUAUUGUUGAAUGUGUUAGGCUGCACUGUAGUCUUUGCCAUAAUUCUCAAGAUAGGCUUUUCCUUUUUUUUGCCCAAAGGAGCUUUUGUUACACCUAGCUGCUUCACUGACUAAUCUAUUUUCUUGGACACAAACAGAACAAUGUCAAAUUAAAAUGAUAAAAUCGAGGCUUGAAACAACGGUG